AUGCCCAUGGUGUUCUCAGCCUCGGUCAUCCAGCACGCCGGCAAAGAGGAGCCCGGGCCGUGGGCAGACCCGACGCCCACCACACCACCAUUAGCCCAGACCUGCCGAGGGCGAUGUUUCUGCAGGGCCGGUGGCGGUCGGGUAGUCGAUCAGGGCGGCGUGGCCCGGCCGAGGCGUAGAAGACGCCGUACUGCGAGGCGUCGAGGUCGGCGGCCCCUGGGCAUGUUGUCGAGCUUCCUGCGGAAGUCGCUGUUGGUGUCGUUCCAGAUGGCCAGGUCCUCGCCGUGGAGGAAGUCGGGCUGCUGGGAGAGCCAGUCCCGGGGUGUAGCUGCCCGUCUCGGAGGCGAGGUCGACCUCGAAGCCCGCGGCGGCGAGGACGCAGAAGGGGUGCAGGCCCUCACUGAUGAAGAGGCCGGUGGUUUCGGUGCCCUGGAAGACCUUGGCCUAGGCCGAGGUGAUGCUGAUGAGAGCGCGGCGAGCGGGAGACAUGGCUUUGGUUUUGGGUGGUCGUUGAUGGAAGAAGGAUAG